AUGUCGUACUUUCUUCCUUCAUACUUUCAAAAGAGGCUUCUCCGAUAUGCCCUGACCCGCCUUGAUUUCAUCGACUCGGACGAGUUGGACCUCGACAACCUAGGACUGACAUGGGGUCAGCGGACUGUGGUGGAGUUGAGGAACGUCGGGAUCAAGGUCAAGAAACUCAUCGAUAUCCUCCACUUGCCUUCGACUCUCGACCUGACCCAUGCCUCGAUCAAGCACUUGCGACUCACAUUACCCUCCGAUCUCCAUGCCAGCAGCAUCGAAGUCGAAGUGGUGGGGGUGGAAAUCGUUGUUGGAGUAAGAUCAGAGCCACCGCAGGACAAUGAGGCGGCACGAUCAAAAGCGGGAAGUGCACCCAGCAGAACAGACCGUGCAAAUCUCCCGCGGAUACCUUCGCCAGCAAUCCACGAUCCCGGUGGUCGUCGCUCGAACAAAGGACUAGGGUCGCACUUGGAGGCAUCACAGAUCAUCCCGACUUCCGAAGACCUGGCCAAUUCGUUCCUUGAAGCCGAGUCGCCAAAUGAAAGAGAUGAACUCCAGGCUGCACUCGAGUCACAAUCUCAGUACAUGCAAGAGUCGGUGGCGUCGUCACAGGGUGAGGACGUCGGGCUAGGCAUGCCGGGAGGAUUGUCUCUGCCGACUUUCGUCGCCAACUUUUUCAAAGGCGUGGCAGACCGACUGUCGAUCAAGAUAAAAGACAUCAAUGUCCUUGUAGAGAUGGAUCUCCCACCCGGGGGUGCUUCGGCCGAGAGCAUCAAAUUCAUGCUGUCGUUGGACACCAUCGGGCUGGAUCCUCUCCAGCAGGCAGAUGUCCCUUCGACACGGUCAGACUCCAGACGAGCCAUUAGAUUGAACGAGCUUCAAUUGUUUGUAUUGUCAGAGUCCGAAACAUUCUCGGAGAUUUCUGGACUGGGUUCGCCCAAACUAAGCAGAUCACGCCCUCGGCUUGCUCGCCCGAGUGAUCAAGGUGACAGCAGCGAUACUGCACAAUCUGGCAGUGAGACUCUCAGUCAACAUUCGUAUCGCUCAAAGUCGUCGUCUGCUUCCUUGAACAAUUCCCAAUUGGGUCUGGGCCUUGACGAUGCCUUGUUGGCCGAGUCUGGAAUCUUUGAGCGACCGCGAAAGAGGCUUGAUCGACGCGACUCAUCAGGUACAUCGACGCCAGUAGAUAACCGGGCUCAUGCAGAGGGCCUACUUUCAUCUGUCAACUACGAGAGCGCCAAACAUGAAGAAUGGCAGACCGGUGCUGCGGAAGAUCUUGAAGAGUCUAAAAUGUUCACUCAUGACGAAGCAGAGAGCAUGUAUAUGAGUGCAGUGAGUGGCGGACCCGAUAUGCCAGGUGGUUGGGGUUGGUCUGAGCCUGAGAGACAAGAUCGAGAAGUUCGAACCAGUGAACCUCAACAGCAAAUUACGCGGUCUUUGGAAAGGACGGCCGAAAGUACUAGGAAUUUGAACGAGAACAGUGGCACAGCACCGGACUCCGGACCCCUUCCCACGACCGAACCUGGGGCCUCGAGUGGUGAGAGCAUUCUUGACGGCAAUCUUUCCACGUUUUACCGAUCUAGGAUCCUACACUUGGACACCGUAUGCUUGAAAGUACCCCAGCCGCAUCAGCACGAGUCUAUGGCAGAGGGUCAAGUGCGAGACAUAGCGGCACGCCCUAGUCGUCCUUCCCAAGCCCGAACAACGCGAUUAGGCUCAUCAAGACUGGUUGAAAGCACAUUUCUCAAUGACACACGCCAUCAUGCAGCACUUCCUCCGGAACAAACUCCAUCUGCUUUGUCACAAAAUGCAAUCCUAGGCGUUGACAUCGGCGAAGUGACUGUAGACCUUGAUAUGAGGAUCAGUCGAAUUCUGAUUAAGGCGACACAAGUCAUUCUAGACAUUCUUCCUAAUGCCGGGGAGCAGGCCAAGCCACCAAUCGGUGCUCCAAAGGUAGAAUUACCGUCAGCCAGCCUGGGUAAGUUCGUCAUCAAUCUUUGUGAAGCAGUGCCGAGGAGGCCCCCAAGCGGCGCUGCUAUUCAGACAAUUGAAACCAUGCUAGCGCAUGAGACGACUCUCCUCAAGUUGGCUUUGUUGGCGAUAUCCUUCAGUCCUGUCCCAAAUAGGCAACACUCCGACCGCCUCUCAAUCUCAAAGAUCUCUAUGACUCAUGGCGAUAGGGAUGUUAUGUCGUUUGUCGAUUCGAUCUCUGUUCGAGACUCGAUAGCUUCAAGUUCCAUGCUGAGACCGCAUGAUCUAAUCGCCACCGUGACAGAAAACCGGUACGAGGUGCAAAUCAAGCCUGUGCAUGCUGUGGUCGAUCUUCUGGUCAUAGACGAUGUGCUCAGCAAAAGCGGUGGAUUGAGCUCUCUGCUGGACCUUGGCAAUUCAAUCGUCUCGACGCAAACUGUGAAGGGCUCUGCGGCCAAGACCGCAGCUGUUGUCAAACCACGGACGGUUAGGUUCGACGAUCCUCAACGAAGAACGAGAGCCAACAGCGAUCCCACAUCUACCCUGCCAAAAAUAGAUGUUCGCGUAUCUGGCGCACUCCUAGAUCUUAUCGGCUCCGAGUCCACGUUACAAGUAAGAACCUCCGCUGUCAAAGCAGCAUAUCGCCAAAACAAUGUGCGACUGGUGAUUGAUGGUGCGGCUGUCGAGGGGCCACUCCUUCCCGGCUCUGGGAGUCGUGGCGAUGUGUAUGCAAAGAUUCGUAACGUCGAGUUGCGCUAUUCGGAUUCCCCGGACGAUGAUGACCUGGACAGACUUCUUUCGGUCAUAACACCCUCCGGAGACAAGUAUGACCAAGAGGACGAUAUCAUGGUCGACACUUUACUACGCCAGCGGCGAAAGGGAGGUGUAUUGCGGUUGUCGAUUGGAGACCUACAAGCCGGCGCCGUCGGCCUGCGUUGGCUGCCUCAUUUGAGCAAGGUGGCUGACGAGAUUUCUAAGCUCUCAUCAGUCACGAAAUAUCUCCCAGAGGAUGACCGACCCGGUAUCCUCACCUUUGGCCUGAUCAAAAAGCUAGACUUCAAGUUUGAGGUGGAUGAGAAGCUUGGUCCUCUCAAACUAGAGGCUGAACUGCUUGAGGGUGCACAUAUCAACGUACCUUCGCUGGCUGCCGCUCAAAUUGCUAGCUGGACUCUUACGCGAGGGGAAAAGGACUUGUUGAUUACCGAAGUUAUCUCACAGAGCCGGAGCGUAAUGGGCCCUCCGAUGUUCAUGUGUCGUUUCAUUGCAGACGAGAUGGAACCUACUGUUCGUAUGAAACUGUCCAAUACUUGCUUUGAGUACAAGGUUCCAACUGUUGUGGCCUUGUCAGAGUUGGCAGAACACCUGAAGUCUCAAAUUCCGACUCCAGUACAAAGUCCCCUGUCACAGACUUCGAGCUUCUCAUCUAGCGGUGGUGACGCAAGAGGUCUGGCGCGAAAGGUUCAGCUCUGUCUUGCUUUCAGAGAUUCCGCUAUAGCACUGAAUCCGGAUGGAGUUCCCGCAAAAGGAUUAUUUGUCCUGACCGACGCUGUAGUACGACACCAACCCGAAAAACACAGCUCAGCAAACACUCUUGAUAUCAAGAAGGCCUCCCUACUGAUCAUCAAUGAUUCUUCGACGGUCGGAAAAGACUCAGAGAAUGUCGACCACAAACUCUUCUUCGAAGAAAAUGACCAGGUUCAACAGUUGACCAAAGCUGGUUUUGUCCCUGUUGGCUCGAUGUCAUCCGCAUCUGCAGUAAUUAAAAUCACCGAAGAGAAGCACCAGACUCACGUGGACGUUGAAUUCCGUAACAACCUCCUUUUCCUUGAAACAUGUGCUGAUUCCACUCAAACAAUGAUUCAGAUCUUGAGUGGUCUUUCUCCGCCGACGGCACUCCCGAAAAUUGCGAAGUAUCGUACCGAGAUCGUCCCGAUUCAAGAUUUGCUAGCCUCGUUCACUGGCAACGCUUUCGUCUCCGAGCCCGGCCCGGAGCUUGGCCUGCAGGCAUCGAGGAUGACCGCUGACGGCGCGUCUUUCAGUGGGAGCUCCGCAGGAGAGGACGACGAUGACGACCCUGACUUUGCGCGGGACAUGUACGGAGAUGCUGAGGAUGCGGACGAUGAAAUGACAGCUAGCCACGUGGAGUCUGAUCUGGGCCGUUCCGCCAUGUCCGGAUCCAUACACGUCGCUCCUGUUGACAUAACAGGCUCUGAAACUGGUGAUUCGAGUGAGAGUAUCAUGAUGCAUAGUCUGCUGGAUUUUCGAACGGAUCAUUUCGCUGCCGAAACACAGGUGGGCGGAACUGCUCAUCGUUGGAACUCGGAACAGAACACAUACGGUCUUGCAAGCAAUACACUCUUCGCCCAUUCCCCAGUCAAAGUGCGCGUUCGUGACGUUCACGUCAUAUGGAACCUUUUCGAUGGGUACGAUUGGCAAAGCACUAGAGACACAAUUUCACAGGCAGUUAGGGACAUCGAGACAAAGGCCAUGGCAAGACGACCUCGAAGUAGAAGUCGCACUGCCGGCGCGGAUGACGAGGAUGAAUCAGUCAUCGGCGAUUUCUUGUUCAACUCGAUUUACAUUGGCGUUCCCGCCAACAGGGAUCCGAGAGACCUUACGAGCGCCAUCAAUCAUGAAAUCGACGACAUGGUGAGUGAGACUGGUAGCUACGCUACUGGUACGACAAUAACAGCUGCCACCUCACGUCGCCAUUCUGGGACCAUUCCUCGGCAGAAGAAGCUGAAACUGAGACGGAGCAAGCAUCACAAAAUGGCAUUUGAGCUUGAAGGGGUAUCGGCAGAUUUUGUGGCAUUUCCUCCAGGCAGUGGCGAAGUCGAAAGUUCGGUCGAUGUUCGCAUCAGAAAGCUCGAAAUAUUCGACCAUAUUCCAACUUCGACCUGGAAAAAGUUCGCCACGUACAUGCAGGAUGCAGGAGAACGAGAAGUGAACACUAACAUGGUCCACAUUGAACUUCUCAACGUCAAACCCGUUGCAGAACUAUCAGCCUCGGAGAUGGUGCUGAAAAUCACCGUUCUUCCUCUGAGGCUUCAUGUUGAUCAAGAUGCACUGGAUUUUCUGAGCCGCUUCUUCGAGUUCAAAGACGAAAGCACACCUCCUUCCAAUGCUCCAUCGAACCCGCCGUUCUUACAGCGCGUGGAGGUGAAUGCUGUGCAGUUGAGACUGGACUUCAAACCUAAAAGGGUUGACUACGGCGGGUUGCGCUCCGGGCGGACAACUGAAUUCAUGAACUUCUUCGUGCUUGACCGGGCGGAUAUGGUGCUACGAAGGGUCAUUCUGUAUGGAGUUUCAGGAUUCGACCGGCUGGGUAUUAUGCUCAACAACAUUUGGACCCCGGAUGUCAAACGCAAUCAACUUCCUCGUGUUCUUGCCGGUCUUGCCCCUUUCCGACCCUUAGUGGAUGUGAGCAGCGGAGUCAGAGAUCUUAUUACUGUUCCCAUUCGCGAGUAUCGAAAGGAUGGCAGGUUGGUGAGAAGCAUUCAGAAGGGAGCGCUUGCCUUUGCGAAGACGACGGCAACCGAACUCGUCAAUCUUGGUGCCAAAAUGGCCAUUGGUACACAACAGGUUUUGCAAAACACGGAAGGCCUCUUCGUGUCAGGGGAGCAGCUACUGGAUCCAGAUGCAGACGACGAAGGUACAAAGCAUAUCUCGCUGUAUGCCGACCAACCUGUCGGCAUAAGGCAGGGUUUGAGGACUGCAUACAGCAGUCUAGAACGGGAUUUGCUACUUGCAAAGGAUGCAAUCGUGGCAAUACCCGGUGAGGUGAUGGCCAGUGGCAGUGCCAAAGGUGCAGCUGCAGCGAUAUUGAGGCAGAGCCCAACCAUUAUUUUGCGACCGGCCAUUGGAGCCUCGAAGGCGGUCGGGCAGACACUCAUGGGCGCAGGUAACAUGUUGGACAAACAAAACCUGAGGAGGAUGGACGAGGUAAGUCGCUGUCGAUCUCUAUUUCGAGCACAUUUCGUCCUUGCUAACUUUCUCUUCAGAAAUAUAAACGUCAUUAAUUGUGCAUCCCAAUAG